CUGACGGUGGUCCGGUGACUUUUUUCUAUAAAGGAGAGCUCCGUGUUGUGGGCUGUUGGGAGUACAGCGAAUUGCUUGACUGGUGACCAACUUUCCAUAAUGGAGACUCCGCAGUCAACUCAGGGUCAAGUAUUUAUAAGCAACCUUUUUCAGGCUGGUCCAAUGCAAAUGGAUCCUCUGGUUUCUGCAAAUAUCCAGUUUGCUCUUGAUCUGUUCAAGCACUUGGAUGAAGUUGACAAAACUGUCAACCUCUUUGUGUCUCCCUUUAGUAUAUCAGCUGCGCUAGCCAUGGUGCAUCUUGGUGCGAAAGGGACAACAGCAUCUCAAAUGGCUGAGGUGCUUUCUUUUGACAAAGUCAAAGACGUGCACUCUGAAUUUCAGAAACUGCAAGCUGAGUUUAUCAACCCUAAAGCAGAGUAUGUCUUUAAGACAGCCAAUCGCCUCUAUGGGGAGAAGACCUACAACUUCCUUUCAGAGUUUCUUGAGGCUUCGGAGAAAUAUUAUCAGGCAGGGCUGGGUGCUGUUGACUUUGUUAAUGGAGCAGAGGAAGCUAGAAAAGAGAUCAACACUUGGAUUGAAGCACAGACUGCAGGAAAAAUCAAGAAUGUAUUUGCCAAACAUAGUCUAAAGUCUUCCAUGAAGCUUAUCCUUGUGAAUGCCACUUAUUUUAGGGGAAACUGGAGCAAACAAUUUGACAAAAGAAAUACAUUCUCUGGACAGUUCAAGCUAAACCAGAACCAAGUCAAAAAUGUGGAAAUGAUGCAGCGAACUGAGGAUUUUAAUUUCAUUUACAUCCAUGAAGUUGCGACCAAGAUAAUUGAACUGCCCUAUCUUCAGGAUGAACUCAGUAUGGUCAUCCUAUUGCCAGAUGAUGUCAAUGGACUUGAAAAUCUUCAACGUAGUUUCACUCUUGAUCGUCUGAGAAAUUGGACCAACCCAGAGAACAUGUACAAGGCAAAGGUUAGAGUCACUCUACCCAAGUUCAAGCUGGAGGAGAAAUAUGACCUGACAUUAAUCCUCUCCAGAAUGGGGAUGGUGGAUGCUUUUCAUGGUUUGAAAGCUAACCUCUCUGGAAUGAGUAGGAGUAAUGAUCUGUCUUUGUCAAAAGUCAUUCAUCAGUCCUUUGUAGAAGUUAAUGAGGAAGGCACAGAAGCAGCUGCUGUCACAGUAAUCAGCUUUUUGAAACGUGCAGUGGUAGCCAGAGAAGAAUUUAUGGCUGAUCAUCCAUUCCUGUUCUUCAUAAGGCACAAAAAGACACAGAGCAUUUUGUUUUAUGGAAGGCUCAAUUCUCCUUAAGUAAAGUGCCUUGUAACUCAAUUAACUUCAAAUCAAUUAGUUAAUGUCUACAAUAGCAAGUUUGACAGUGUGGUCAAUGGAACUUUUUUUUAUAAUCUGAGGGACUUCCAAGGAAUUUUCCAGAGUGGAAUUUAGUGGUGGUUGAGGAGUGGGGUAGAAUUUGUGCAUUGAGUAUUAUAAUCAUUCAUUAUAUUUUUACAUUGUGCUCUUAACUGGAGAGGGAAAGAAUGGAUAUUGUAUUGCUUCAAGUCUUUUAGUAAUACAAGAGGCUCAAGGAAGAGAGAGGAGCUUGUCUCAUGCAAACAUUCUAUAACUAUUAGUCUAGGCCAUAAAAGUUAAAUUUUGUCACCAAAGUAUGAUAGAAGGUAACAAAUAUAAUAAGAUCUUAGAUAAUGGGACUUUGAACUUUUAAUGGCCUUCUCACCUGGUUUAUCAGCACCCUAGCCAAGACAUCUUAAUUUGCCCACUUGGAGACACAGACCUUCUCUCUGCCCCACUAAACCAUUUUGCUUUCUUGUUGAAAUUUUUCACUUGCAUGAAGGCUUCUGCCUCAGGUUUUGAACAAUUUGUAAAUAACUUAGAUUGCAACAUUCCUGUCAUCCUGUCAAUUUAAAGUGGACUUCUAAAUUAAUAUUUUCUGUUCUCUUAUCUAUCUGGUGAAUUCCUUGGACACUUUGUUUCAAGGUUAAAAUUUGUAAAGGUAAAAUAGAAUCAAUGUGCAAAGUAUGUUAAUUGAACUAACAUAAAUAAAUUGCAGGAAGGGGUGAUGGGUGAUAGAGGAUCCAGCUAUGGAGAUGAUUUUAUUGCCAAAGCCUUUUUGCUGUGUGUGGUGCGGUUUGAUAUGUUGGAAGCUGCAAUUUUUAUUAUUGACAAUUACCUAAUUUAGCUUGAUAAUGAAAUAAUUGCUCAUUUGUCUCAAGUGUGCUAUAUUUGAAUUUCAAACCAUUGUCAAUAAAAGCCACCAGGCUCUUUUUGCUGCAGAAAAGUUUUGAGCAAUUUCUCU